UUUAUACAUACUAUUAUUAAAAUAAUAAAAUUGAUAAUAAUCCCCGAUGCUGUCCAAAACCACAUCCAUUAUAUUGUUGGUGAUAUUAAACUAACCCAUUUUCUGUCACCACUCACAUGCUUUCCCCCAAACAAUUCUUGUUAUAAGAUACUUCAAUCUCUUUUUUGUUCCAACUCAUUAAGUUGUUACCAUGGCUCUCAAUUUAUGUUCUCCAACUGAACUCAACUCCAUUUUUUUCACUGAUCCCUUCAACUCUAACCGUCUCACGCCUAAACUCUCAGGUGGUCUUUCUUUGAGAAGAAAAGAAUGUGGUGGAACAGUUUCUAGAAGAAGAGUUUCUUGCUCAGUGCAGUCACAACCACCACCAGCAUGGCCAGGACGUGCCAUUCCAGAAUUAGGUAACAAGACAUGGGAAGGGCCAAAACCUAUUUCCAUUGUGGGAUCUACUGGUUCAAUUGGAACUCAGACGCUAGAUAUCGUGGCGGAGAAUCCAGAUAAAUUUAAAGUUGUCGCGCUUGCAGCUGGUUCAAACAUUACUCUUCUUGUAGAUCAGGUUAAAAGAUUUAAGCCGCAACUUGUUGCUGUUAGAAACGAGUCUUUAAUUGCGGAACUUGAAGAGGCAUUAAAAGACGUUGAACAAAAACCUGAGAUCAUCCCUGGAGAGCAAGGAGUUAUUGAGGUUGCACGCCACCCAGAUGCAGUCACUGUAGUCACGGGAAUAGUAGGCUGUGCAGGACUAAAGCCAACAGUUGCUGCCAUAGAAGCUGGGAAAGACAUAGCUUUGGCCAAUAAAGAGACGCUGAUUGCCGGAGGUCCUUUUGUCCUUCCUCUUGCUCAGAAACAUAACGUAAAAAUACUUCCGGCUGAUUCUGAACAUUCUGCCAUUUUUCAGUGUAUCCAGGGGUUGCCAGAGGGUGCACUUAGGCGAAUUAUUCUAACUGCAUCUGGAGGCGCUUUUAGGGACUGGCCUGUUGAGAAACUGAAAGAUGUUAAAGUUGCUGAUGCAUUAAAACAUCCCAACUGGAGUAUGGGGAAAAAGAUAACUGUGGACUCUGCUACACUUUUCAACAAGGGUCUAGAAGUGAUUGAAGCACAUUACUUAUUUGGAGCUGAUUAUGAUGAUAUUGAUAUUGUCAUUCAUCCACAAUCAAUCAUACAUUCAAUGAUUGAAACACAGGAUUCAUCUGUUCUUGCACAAUUGGGGUGGCCUGAUAUGCGUUUGCCAAUCCUUUAUACGUUGUCAUGGCCUGACAGAGUUUAUUGUUCUGAAGUCACCUGGCCUCGGCUUGAUCUUUGCAAACUUGGUUCGCUUACUUUUAAAGCUCCUGACAACGUUAAGUAUCCGUCCAUGAAUCUUGCCUAUGCUGCUGGCCGUGCUGGAGGCACCAUGACAGGAGUUCUUAGUGCAGCCAAUGAAAAAGCUGUAGAAAUGUUCCUUGACGAAAAGAUUUGCUAUUUGGAUAUUUUCAAGGUUGUGGAGCUAACAUGUGAGAAGCAUCAAAAUGAAUUGUUGACCGCACCUUCCCUUGAAGAAAUUAUUCACUAUGACCUGUGGGCACGGAAAUUUGCUGCCAGUUUGCAAAGCUCUUUGAGCUUCACCCCUAUUCCUGCAUGAGACUGGUUUAAGAAUUGGUGGUUGUGGCCACAUUCCUACCAGCUGCUAGUGUUAGCAUAUUUCUCAAUAAUUUGAACAAUUGUAUACAAUGUAGCACGAUGCAUUCCUUAGAUUUUGAAAGAUAAAAAGGUUUUUAUUAAUGAAAUGCUUAUCUUACAGAACACUUUUAUUGAUCU